ACAAUAAUAAAUAAUGUUUGGAAUUCACUAACAUACACACCAUUAACUAACAAAUUUGGGGUGCAUCCAGUUUUCGGGAAGGUCCAUUUUAUGUGCAAAUUACUCCCAGUUUACUCAUGUAUUUACAAAAGUUUAAAGAAUGAGGCCUGAUUUUUUUUUUUUUUUGAUUAUGUGUUUCAUAAAUGAAGCCCAUUGUUUUGAACCUCGCCCCAUAAUCGAGUUCCAUUUCUAUUUAUUGUUUACUGACAUAGCUUGUUUUCAUUGUACUUUAAAAGAGCAGCGAGGAAACAAAAUGAUCUUUACAAUCUUUACAGAUUGUAAAGGUGUCACUGUGCAACACUACACUGAGUUCACUGAGGUGAAGGAUUGUAUGCAACAAAUGAGGCAGUAAAAGGCAUACAAUUAUUAGCAGAAGGAAAACGGACAGUAAACAGUAUAAACAAGUGAAAAAGAAGGGGAUGAAUAAAUUCACAACUGUCUGUGAUUGUAUUCAGAAUGUAGCAGGUGUGGUUGUUCUUCACUGUAAACUGGGUUUCCCUAAUCACAUGAUCAUGGGAAAUACCCUCUCUUCCCAAUGACUCACUUCAAGUGCAGAAUGGAAAAUGAAAAUUAUUGUGUAAGUAGCUGUCAACAAAACAUUGUUUUUAGGAAAUACAUUUACUUAUCCUGAUAAUUAGUCCAGAAAAAAGUUCUAGUUCUAAGUUCAAGUCAGUGCGACCAGGAUUCAUUAUUGCUACAAAGACUAAAUGUGCAAAAUAUAAAUCUGUAUUCUGUUCAUUCAUAGAAAAUAAUACAGCUACCCAAUACUCAAUAUUGAAGUUUGAAAUUUGUGUUGUUGAAUACGUUAAAGUGAUGUAGCCUAAUUGCAUUAUAGUAUACAAUUACAUUAUGUUUAUUGCAGUAUGUAAUAUCCUAUAAUUGAUGCUUCUAUGUGGUUGCAGACUACCCUUUAAACUUUAGUUCAUCAAACGUAUGAGUAUGGUGAACAAAAGCUACGGAUAAGAACAGUCAUGGAGGAACAAAGAGGUUUAAAUAAUCGACUUUAAAAGUAGACCGUUUUGCAUCUUUUCUGACUUCAUCUACUCAAAAGAAGAAGAAAAAGGAAAAAAGAAUAAGAAGGAAGAAAAAGAAGAACGGAAACCGAAAGUCGAUGAAUAAUGCAAAGGAAUCCUGAUUUUGGGGUGAUUCAGAACAAUGAAUCUAAAUAUUUAGAACUGAUUUUGAGAGGAAGGUGAAGAACAUUUUAAUUUACACUUUCAACAACGGAUAAAUAGCCUGUUUAUAUCCCAGAUAGCACGUACGUCUCUGAGAUGUCUGUUUUAGAUCUUUUCAUCUGGAAAGCAUCACAAUCUAAUUAACAUCUGCUUGACAUCUUAAAAAGAUCAGAUUUACAAACAUUCUAAAAGAGAAUAUCAAAGACAUCUACUGACUGUCUUAUUGACAUCCGAGACAUACUUAUUGACAUGCGUCUUAUAGACAUAUUGCAAAGGAGCAAACAAUGUAAACAAUACAUCUUCCAGAUGUAAACGCACACAUCAAAUAUAGAUCUCUGGGUGAUGUACUUGUGCUAUCAGGGAUCUUAUUUAUAUAGCUACAGUAUUCUAUCUGUAGCCCUAAAUCUCGUUUAGGUCACUGAACAGCUAUUGUUGUAGAUUCUGUUAACAAACUUAUAUUUCACAUUUUUUAAAUACAACAAUAACCUGCCUUCUUUAAAACAGACAGCUUUAUUGAUUCAUAAUAUGGAGUGAGCUACAAGACAAAAAAUUCUAAUGUUAAUGUGUGUGUGUGUGUGGGCAGGUUUAAGUGGUUUAAGAGGACAUUUUUUUUAGGUUACAAACUGGUAAUUACAAGGGUAUUAUGCUAUAAAUGUGGUUUAUGAGGAUAUUUCUAGUGUCCCCAUAAUUCAAAUUACUUAAAAAACAUACUAAACAAUGUUUAUUUGAAAAUGUAAAAAUGCAGAAUUUUUUUUUGUUUGUUUUGUUUUUUGUUUUUUGUGAGGGUUAGGUUUAGGGGUUAGGGUUAGGGGAUAAAAUCUAUAGUUCGUACAGUAUAAAAAUCAUUAUGUCUAUGGAGAGUCCUCAUAAUGAUAGCUGCACCAACGUGUGUGUGUGUGUGUGUGUGUGUGUGUGUGUGUGUCUAAUUGCGUACCCAAUUAGAUAUGGAAAACAACAUUGUCUUUCCUAUAGACCUUUUUCACACUCCGGGUUUUUAAACGUGGAAGUAAAAGUUUGCAGGGUAAACUUCGACAGCGGUGAAUGGGAGACCACAGCAAAUAUUAUUUUCACUUUUUUCAAUUUACUGUCACACUCUCAGCAGCUGUAAUCGAAACCCUCUCGCAGCUGUGCUAAUUCAUUUUUUUUUUACUAAUUCCAGGGUAAUAUAGCACAAAGCAUAAUGUUAUAAAGUUAUAUUUUAAAUUAUGAUCAUAUAAAAAAGUGUGCUAGAUUUACGCUGAUAAAUUAGACGGAAACGAGUCAUCACAGUCUGUGAAAAAGGUAUAUUGUUUUUCCAGAAUGGAAAAUGAAAGUUAUUGUUUGAUGAGUUGUAAACAAGACACUGUUUUGAGGCGGGGCAUGAGAUAAUGCCAUUUAUUUAAUUGUCUUUGCCCAGAGUCAGAGGCUAUUUGGUUUCAGGUUGUGAAUACAUACCAGACUUAAGAAAAGUCGGCUAGUAACCUAUUCAGAGGAAGAUUUAUACAGCUUGAGAGAGUCGUGAUGGAUCUGACUGUAAAGGGAAUCUCUCAUAUGAAAGAUUUCAGAGUGGGCUGCAACGACAAGGUUGGUGCCCUCAAGCAGCUAAUUUCGCAGGAGUUCUCUGUACCUACUUCUCAGCUGAGGCUAUCUACAGUCAGUGGUGUCCUCCUUGAUAACGAUUCUUCAACCCUCAGUAGUUACUGUUUGCUCUCGGGGUCCACGGUGAUGCUGAUCAUCACGAAACCGCCGGCACAUUUUCAGGUGAUCGUCAUCAACGAGAAGCACAAGGCAAAACCUUAUGAUGUUGCCACAGAUGAGACCGUAGUUCAACUCCAGUGUAAGAUCUUUAAAGAAGAAGGAGUCCCCGAAGAUCAGCAGAGACUGAUUUACAACGGCAAACAACUGGAGCCUAGCAAGAGACUACAAGACUACAACAUCAAAUCUGGAAGCACUAUUUACAUGGUUCUUUAUCUCCGUGGAGGUUAAUGGAACCGCCAGUGCGACCAGGAAUGGUAUGCUACUGAAGAUUAUGUUAAAAAUUAAACAUUGUAGCUAAAGAAAAAGUCGUAAUGAAGUGUAGCCUACUUAUUGUAUGAAUUGUAUGAAUAGGCUUCUAUGCUGUAAAAAAAUGUCUGUAAUUUUAAUGGUAAAAGACUGUAAAAAUGCUGUAGAAAUAAAAACGUUAAUUGAUUAACGAAUAUUAACUGUAAAAUAUACAGUAAAAAUUUGUAAUAUAUUUUAAAAGACAAUACAGUAGUUUUUACAAAAAAAUUUUGUUAGAUGUAGAAAGUAUGAUUUUCCUGUAUAAUUAAUGGUAAAAAAUGUACAUUGUUUAACAAGCGAGUACGUGUACUUUUUACAGUAAAUUAUUGUUAAAAUUACAGUAAAAUACAAUAAUCAGGCUUUCCCACAAUUCCCUGCAUGACCCAUUAUAUUUCAUUAUAUUUUAUGGGAAUAGUUAUGUUUCUUCUUAUUUUUAAUAUCAGUUAUGUACACUGGGGUGUUCUGUUUUAUAAUUAAUGUAGUUUAGUUCAAUGUUUACUGCAUUAUUUAAAUUUCACAUGUGUUACCCUGAUGGUGUUUAGUGUUUGUGUGAGUGACACUGAGCACUGUCUCUACAUGUUUAUUGGUCAUUGCUGGUGAAGCCAUUAUUGAUGAACUUCAUGUCUCUGCAUGCUCUUCUGUAAUUACUACGGUGAUAAACAAUACAUUAUAAAGUAAAAAGCAUUUUUGUUUUUUUUACAGUUUCAGAAUGUUAAUAUCAAGUUAAUGACGUUUUGUUACUGUAAAUUUAUCAAAAACAUUUUUCUUUUUAUUCUUUACAGUGCCAUUGUGGUCAUGUAAAUUACAACAGUUUGAAACUGUAAAAUGUACAGGUUGUUCUGUAAAGUUGUUUAAAUUUUACUGUGUUUUUUACAUAACUAUUCUGGCAAUCACAGCUACCAGUUUUUUUUUUGUUUGUUUGUUUUUUUUUGUUGUAAAAACAGAAUUUGUUUUACAGUGUAUUUUCUUUUGAAUAUGUAUGAAUAAAGUACCUAUUGCACUGUAUGUAAUGGAUUAACAUAUGUAUUAAACGUACUGUAUGUUUCACGUGGGUCAUGUGGGUACUUUUUUCAUGGCUAUACCCUUUAUUUUGCAUGAAAAACCAGAGCAUCAAAAUUUGAAUAUAGCCUACACUGCCAGUCAGAAGUUUGGACACACUUUACUGAAUUUGUUUCUCAUGAUCAGAAAAUCUUUUGAUCAAAAUGUUUUUGCUUAAAUGCUAAAAUUUAGUUAAGAAUAUUGAUGCUGUUGAUCAAUGCGAAUA